AUGACUGGUCGGCUGCCGGCGGUCGUCAUCGACAACGGCACAGGCUACUCCAAGCUCGGCUACGCCUUCAACUCGGAGCCGCAGUUUAUCAUCCCCACCGCACUAGCCGUUCGGGAGCAAGCCGGCCGCCAGGGGCUCGAGAAGGGCCGCAUAGACGACCUCGACUUUUUCAUUGGGGACGAGGCUCUGUCGCCGGCGGCUGCGACCUAUUCAUUAAAAUACCCGAUUCGCCAUGGUAUCGUCGAAGACUGGAACCUGAUGGAGCGCUUCUGGGAGCAGGCCAUCUUCAAAUACCUGAAGGCCGAGCCGGAGGAUCAUUACUUUCUACUGACCGAACCCCCGCUCAACACGCCCGAAAAUCGCGAGCUGACCGCCGAGAUCAUGUUCGAGACGUUCAACGUGCCCGGGUUGUACAUUGCUGUUCAGGCCGUUCUCGCGCUCGCCGCCUCAUGGCAGUCUCAAGACCUCGAAAAGCGCUCACUCACUGGCUUGGUAAUUGACUCUGGUGACGGUGUGACGCAUUGUAUCCCGGUUGCUGAGGGCUACGUCAUCGGCUCCUGCAUCAAGCACAUUCCAAUCGCAGGCCGCGACAUCACCUACUUCAUCCAGUCGCUGCUGCGUGACCGCGAGACGCAGAUCCCACUCGAGCAGACGUUCGAGGUGGCCAAGGCGAUCAAGGAGCAGUACUGCUACGUGUGCCCCGACAUCCUCAAGGAGUUUACGAAGUACGAGACGGACGGCUCGAAGUUCAUCAAGACGUACACCAGCGUCAACAAGAUCAACAAGCAGCCGUUCACGUGCGACGUCGGCUUUGAGCGCUUCAUCGGGCCCGAGAUUUUCUUCCAUCCAGAGUUCUCCAACUCUGACUUCACGACUCCAAUCUCCGAGGUCAUCGACAAGGUCAUCCAGCAGUGCCCGAUCGACGUGCGCCGCGGCCUCUACGAGAAUAUCGUGCUCUCCGGCGGCAGCACCAUGUUCAAGGACUUUGGCCGCCGCCUCCAGCGCGACAUCAAGCGCAUGGCCGACGCAAGGAUUCAGAUGAGUGAAGCGCUGUCGGGCGGUGCCCUAAAGGCGAAACCCAUUGACGUCUCGGUGAUCUCGCACAAGAUGCAGCGGUACGCCGUCUGGUUUGGAGGCUCGAUGCUGGCUUCUACGGCCGAAUUCUACCAAGUGGCACACACGAAGGCCGAGUACGACGAGAAGGGCCCCUCCAUCUGCCGGCACAACGCCGUCUUCGGCGCCCUCACG